GGAGAUCUCGUGCACGGAGGCUGGACCAAAACCCAGUGGCUGGAGAGCGGAGGGGCAGAGGGCAGAACGCUUCCAUUGCGCAUGCUCCUGGGCUGCAGGCGUUGGUAGCUGCUCCGGAUCUGUCUUCACUUCCCAGGCACGUCGAGAAACAGUAUCCAUCAGAUAGUGAAAAUAAAAGAGUCAUCAUGAAAAAAAUUUCAAAGAGAAGAGAAGAGAUUUUUAGAAAGAUGUCAGAGGCAGUGAACAGCAGCACAGAAGAGAUAUCGGACAGGCGUCUGCCAAAAGAAGAAAAUCGGAACAUAACGGAGACACUGAGAGGCAAAGUAAGAGAAAAACUGAAACAUGCUAAGAUCAGUCAAGGUGAAAAGUCCUCCCCUGAGCUGCCCGCUGACACAAAGACUCAUCAAUGGUCUAAGACUGAAGUCUUGCUGGAUGAAGGUCUUUCAUUUUUCAUCCUGAGUGGAGAAGAAGAUUCAGCAGUGAGCCGGUCUUCGCAGCAGAGAACAGCAAGUGAGAGUGACGUCAAGCACUCUGGGUCUGGUGGUAGUUUCCAAAAUGCUGCUGAGGGCUCAGAUGAGGAUUUUAUGGAAGAAGUAAUUUUAACGGAUUUAUUUGAAGUGAAAGCUGCAGAAUAUGAAGACAAUCAAGAACAGAUAAAAAAACAGAAGGCAAAUAUUUUUGUGCCAAGUACUUCUCCAGUGGCCAGCCAGCGGAAACUGCCGAAAGGCAUGCUGCCUCGCAUCUUAGAAGACGAAGGACUCUACAUUCAGAAAAAGCCAGAGACGUAUAAAAAGAUCUGCAACAAAAUGGAAAAUCGCCUGCUCAGCCUGCAGGAGGGAAAAUGUUGGUUUGAAGAAAGUGGAGAAAUAAUGUCCUUACCUUCACCUAUUAGACAGUCUUGGAAUUUUAGGCUCUGCAUGAGCAAGGAGUCUUUGAACCCAGCACUAAAGACUAUACACAGAAAGGCCAUGAAAUCUGACGUGGGGUGCUGUUUUAGAAACAGGAUGGAUGGUCAAAGGGAAAUGUACCAAUUAGACCUUAACAUCGUGGGCUUACAGUUCAGCCACCACCCUCUCUUCAAUCAAGAACAAGUCCUGUGUGCCAGGCUGCUCCAGCUCUGUGAGUCUUUCCAGGACAGACAGAAGCAGAGCUUAUCUCAGUUGCUCUAUGAGAAGCUGAGAGCCCUGAAGGAUGCUACCAAACUAGCAAGCAAAAACCCAGAAUUAAGCCAGCUUACCAGUAAAUCGCUACAAGAUUAUUAUCGGCAGAUAAAUGACACAAAGCAGCUGUAUGAUGCCGAAAGGGAGAAGGACCACUCUCUGCUGCACAGUGUCUUACUGACUUGGAAGCAGAUAAAAUCUCUCCGGCAAAAGCAAGGAUUUACAAGCACCCCAGUAAAGCUGCAGUUUCAUAGGAUAAAAAUGAACACAUGGGAUGAGCAGAACCAAGUGGGAAUGUCAGAAGAGCCUGGGGAGGAAAGUGAAGAGAUGCCAUUUCAGAAUGAAGACACUCAGGAGACUCUCUUCCAUCCAGCCUCAGACCUUGAAGGAAUGGAAGUUGAAAGAGCAAAGCCAAUUACUCUGAUGCCACAGCUUUCUUUCACAGCAGAAUUGACAAACGUAUCCAAGUGUUCAUUAUAUGAGCAAAAAAGGAGAGCCAAAAUGCAGAAGCUUAAAUAUUUCAUCAAAAUAUUUUACAAUGACAAAGAGGUUUCCUGCACCUCAGUGUCUCCCCUACAGUUUGACUUUAAAGUCAUGUUUCAACAAAUUUUUAACAUUCAGCUAAUAUAUUGGCCAGAAACAAUCUGCUUGGAGGUUUAUGAAAUAAGUAAAAGGUCAACUUUACUGGUUAAAGUGUAUCUGCCUUUACCUAACGAGACAGAGCUGAAAGGCAAGACGGUCCUGGAAUAUACAGAAUUUAGUUCUGAUAAACUGGUCAUACCUAUGGAUGGAGGCGUAGGAAGCAAUGUGCCUUUUAAUCUCGAGGAAAGCGAGAAUGAAGAACUUUGCCUUCUAACUUCAGGGAAGCUCAGCUACUCCCUCUCAUGGGCCUUAGAUGAAAAUGGAAUCCCUUUGACACCUGUAUCACAGUCGCUGAGAUCUGCAUACUGUAGUGUGCUAAGGAAUGUCGAUGCCAGAGGUGUUCCUGGACUCCCGUGGAUCGUGAACUCACAGAAGCUUUGUGACUGGGCAGAUGAUGUCAGGAUUGAUCCAAAUAACCCAGAGUACUCAGAUAUAACAGAACUCAUUAUGUAUUUGAGACACAAAGGACAGGAAAUCCCCAAAUAUUUCCGCCUUGAGCAGUUGCAAGAUGAAUUUAACUUUGUGUCUGAGGAAGAAAUGAAAAGGAGCAAACGCUUCCAGCUGUUGCAGCUGAGAAAUGCAGGCCAGCUAGAUCUCUUCCUCCUGCAGCAGAUGCCCAUCUACGACAACGAGAUUCCAGACAUAGUCUUCCAGGAGUAUGAAAGUCAGGUGCAGAAGGACGUGUCCAUUUCAGAUGUGAACUCUAUUAUCGCACAAAGGAUUAACUCUGUCAAUUUUCCGAAAAAGGUGAGAAGGUUGAUCUUGAAAAGAAUCAUCAAAGUCAGCAAAUUUAGCUUGUCAGAUAUUGUGGCUGACUAUGAAGAAAUUGUAUCUACAAGCCAGUUGACAGAUGCCAUUUUUAAAUUCAUUGAACCCCGACGGAAGUUAAAACCUCAGAGGAAAGAAAGAAGAAAAGUCACGGCCCAGAGCGUCUCUGACGGAGAUAUCAAGAUUCUCGUCAGGAUCCUGAGGGCCUAUAACAUUCCGACCAGAAAAGCAGCAUCUUAUAGAGCUUUAAGUAUGCCUACUUACCUGAGGUCAUCCAUGUCUCACCUCAGACAUCAAAAUGCGGCCAACCUUGUAGCCUCGAAUGAAGUCAUAAAUGAGGAUACUGUGCAUCCUUUCAUAGAAGUUUCUUUUCAACAUACUGUGUAUCAAACCAACAUUGCAAAUGGAUCUCAUCCAUGCUGGAAUGAAGAAAUCAAGGUAGAUUUUAUCUCACCAGGACAUGAUUACAGCUCCUCUAGUUUAUCUAAAAUAAAAGAUAACAUACAUAUCAACAUCUUCGAUGAAGUGGUGAUUGAAAAACAUGAGGAUCAUUGCCUCAAGAGCUGCAGUGCUCACUCGUAUGUACAAAAGAACUGGCUGGGCUCCAUCAGCUUCCCUUUCUCAGCUCUCCUGCAACAGCCUGAGAUUAGCGGGACAUUUCAAGUGAACAUCCCGCCCACUUUACUGGGGUAUACCUGGAGUAACACCUACAUCUCUCCUAGAGAAGACAGCAGUGGGCAGAACCCCAAAGAAUGUACCUUCCUAAACAUUUUUGCCACAAUUGAACCUCAAAUAUCAUAUGUCACGUACAAUCCAAAAGUAGAUGAGUUUUCAGAUCAAAUAGACAUUUUACAGAGAGCACAGACUUUCACCAGGAACUGUAAGGCCAUGUUUCCCAACCGAAGAGUCGUGGCGGCUGUUUUUAAUGGUGAAGGGAUGCAUACCCUAGUCACAAGAUACAUCAAGGCAUUGAAUCCACCUCAGCAACUUCUGGACAUAUUUCUUCAUGACUCAAAUGCAACACUUGACCUCAUCGCCCGAUUUGUAUCUCUGAUCCCUUUUGCGGCAGAGACGUUGGAUGAAAAUGAUGUUUCUGACAUAUGGAUGACAUCAGAGUGCUGCAUUAGUUUGGCCAUUGGAAAUAAAGAAGAGCAUGCCAUACUUCUCUGUAACUUCUUUCUGUACUUCGGGAAGAAGGCAUUGGUGAUCCUGGGAACCUCAGUACUAGAAGGCCAUGUGGCGUAUGUAUUAACUCAAGAAACUGGCGAGUGUUUGCUUUGGAAUCCAUCAACAGGGCAAUGUCAUAAGCAGUUUGACCCAUUUUGUCCCUUGCAAAGUGUAGAUUGUUUGUUCAAUGAUAAAAAUGUCUGGUUUAAUAUUCAACAAAAUAAUACACCGAUGGCUGUACAUUUUGACUAUUCAAAAGAAAGCUUCUGGAAACAGCUGCUUCCAAAAAACCUUCAGGGGAGCCAAGCCCAGAGUGUGCAGCCUGAAGAAAUCGUUUACUCAGAUACCAAUAAAAGCAUGGUAGAAGAUCUGAAGAGUAGGAUAGAGAGGGCUCUGAAAUGUAAGAUGAUGGAAUGGAGGCCUAAGCACCCGACACGCUGGAAUCGACAGUGCACGUCUGUUCUACGGCAAAUCCUUCCGAAACUAGAGUUUUACACGGGAAGUUUUGCUUCAUUUGAAGACAGUGAGUUGGAAAGGCUGCUACAGUUUUAUUGGGUCACAGGAUUUCCCAUCCAGAUGCCCUACACAGAUGUCCAGGCAGUCAUUGAUGCUGUGUACCACACUGGAAUUCAUGCUUCUGAAUUCCCCCAGACGGAAUUUGCUUUAGCUGUGUACAUUCAUCCAUACCCAAACAAUAUUUUAUCUGUGUGGGUCUAUUUGGCUUCCUUAGCCCGACAUCAGUGAAACAGAAGACGGGAAAAGGCAAAGGGCACUGUGGUCUCCUAGGCCCAAGCUUUUCUGACACCUUGAGAUUUUUGCUGCCUAUUUUCAAGUUUAUCAGUGCUGAGCAUAAUUUGGAUUCCAAUUUUGAGUUGAGUACUGUGGAGACCACCUGAGCACCCCUUCCCCAGCCUUUGCCGAUGAGUCUAGAUGACCUCCUUACUGACACACCUCUUUUGGGGGACUCUUCAGCUAGUCUGGCUGCUUUGUGUACUGCAGUCCACAUCAGUUCUCAUUCUGGGAAAGAAGCAAUUCUGGCCUGCUUCAUGAUGCUCAAAUUGUGGAGGUCAGGACACCUCCAUCUGAGCCAUCUGAAGAGACUUAUUAAGAAUGAAGAUUCCUAGAUCCACCCAAGACUUCUCCAUCAGAACCUCUGAGAGGAGAGCAGCAUUCUUUUCAACAAGCUCCCAAGCAACGUCGACCCCCUGUUGAGUGAGAGACCACCCUUGCGGAACGUGAUGAGGCAUGGGCACAUUCAAUGCUAGUAGUGGUACAGUUCCAGGUGAAAAUUUCUGAGAGGAAACCCUGAGAUCGUAUUCUUAUCUGAAAGCCAGCAGGCUCAAGGUGUAAGAAAAGCCUGUUUCAGGUUGAGUUUAAGAGCCAGAAAAGAACUAUGUCCCAGCUUAAAGAAAUUAAGCAGGAGGAAACCCCCAACCCUUCUUCCUCGAUUGAGGGAGGGCAAUCUUAACUCUACUCAGACCUCCAGCUACCUGGAUGAGGACUGCCCACAUUCAGAAGGGCAGCUGCUUCACUCAGCUUACCAAGCCAAACAUUCUCCAAGCCAGCAUUCCCACACAUAUCCAGGGUAUAUCCAGGAUGUUUGAUCACUGGUUACCCCAUGGCCCAGUCACAUAGAUUCAUAGUAACAAUCUAGGUCAAUCUUAACCAGAAGUAAAAGUGUAUGUACAAUUUUGAUUUUGAUUAACUCCCUGGUAAAUUACGUAUUAUAAAUAUCUGUGGAUUUUGAUCCCGGUUUCUGAGAACAACGUAAGGACUGCCCUUGACAGUCUGCGCUGUAGUGGCUUAGAUCUAGACUCUUCCAGAUCCAGAUGGUUACAGGUGUGAUGCCUUUUCUCAAGUGCUCCAAGUGCCAAGUGUCAAAUAUUUUAAAGAAGGAGGACAGGUGUCAUGGCCAUAAGAGCUGUUAAUGGGCUUAUCCAAACUAAGUGGGAGAUGAUGGUGCUGUAGGCAAAGGCACUGGGUGUAAAUGUGUCUGCGGUGACGUAAAUAGUGCCCAGGUGUAAAGUUGUACCAAGGAAACAAAUCAAGAACAGGGUCCGGGGCUUCUGGCUCCUAGUGAGUAUUCCGUAUCCAAAGGACUUUGAUAGAGCCUGAGAAGGGCCCCGGGUGUUCCAUUGCAGAGAGCUCCCUAGACUAGGAUGUACGGCAAAAAUGGGGUGCACAGUAGACUUCGGAAUGAGCUACUGUUUUGCACAAAAUGAGGCAAGCAGGCUCUACGCGUGUGCUGCUAUAAAGAUCUGUAUACUUCUGGGAAGAUAGAGCAAAAACCACAGCAGUAAUGGUGCCUCUGGGAAAGGCCACCUCUGGAAGGAGUGAAGAAAGGAAUCUGUUAGUGUGCAUAGUUUAUAUUGGUUGGAUGUUUUGCCUUUUGCUUACAUUUAAUUUAAAGUGUUUUCCUUUUUUUGAGAAUAUGCAAUGGCUUUCCUUCUUUUUCUUUUUCUUUUCUUUCUUUCUUUCUUUUUUUUUUUAACAUUUAAAUACAUUCUGUGUACUGGGUUUACAAUGUUUUUGGUGUUGUGGUGCCGUAGCCUGAUGCCAGGGACUCAGGUUCAUUGGGCAAGCACUGUACUGCUGACCCCUCUCCCCUCGUUCUCAGCACACAGCAUCAAAUACAGAGAGCUUCGUGAAGAAUCCUCUCCGCUGCAUGCUCUGCACUGUCAGAGCAUGGUGGCUUCCUACUGCCUGAGGUUUCCGGAGUCACAAAAGCCUCCCAGAGAAUCUGCUCCCACCCUCAUCUCCUGCAACCCGACUCGAGGUUCCAUUCUCAGUUUUGCGGGUGCCUUGCCGGUUCACUUUGAAAUCUUUGUUAAUCACUUUUGAAGUUUGAAGUUUCUUUACUGAAGACAUAAAUUGUCCUCCAUCUUCCUUCCAAAUGUGUUUUCUCCAGAGAACCUUGUCGGUUUACUGUCCCCUCUGUCUGGCAUGCCCAGUCCACCAGCUAGAUACCCAGUCAGUUUCCCUCAAACCUCUACAUGGCUUCCCUAUCAUAAAACAGUGUCCACCUA